GAGCCCCCUCCAUGCCCGCCGCCCGUCAAGCGCGUCGCCUGGGCGGACACCUACGACGCGGACUUCCCUCCGCGGGCCCCCGACGCCGCCGCUGACACCAUCGGCGAGAACAUGCCUGCGGCCAACAGCUUCGAGCCCCGCGUCGACUCCAUAGAGCCGGGUGCGACCCUCGAUAGCACCCUCCACGCAUUCGAGAAGCGGACCCUAGAUAAGCUGGACGAAAAGAUUCUCGCGGGCUUCGAACUUCUGUCGGCUUCCAGCGCCAAGCAGCUGCCCACCCUUUUCGCUGCGUCGGCCACGCCCGUCGCGGACUCCCUCCAGAGUCAGGUCGCCAAAGAGAUCGUCGACAUCCGCUCCGACCUUGCCGCCGCGACUCGCAUAUUCUGA